AAACAUUGAUAAAGCACAUCUACCUAUCCACCACCGGGUUGUCUUCAGGACAGUAGUCUUCUUCAAACUAUCCGUCAAACUGGUCUGAUAGAUUGGCUGCAACGAGGCAACACAAUGACUUCAGAAAUGCCCACCAUUCGUAUUGGCUAUGUGCCUGAGCACUAUCUCACUCCUCUUCACCUCGCUCUCCGCUCUCCCACCGCCGAGUCCCUCCCGUUCAAGCUCUCGCUGGUCCCCUUCCCAUCCGGCACAGGACACAUGAUCACCUCUCUCCGUGAACAUGAGAUCGAUAUCGGGAUUGGGCUCACAGAGGGGUGGGUUGCGGGACUGGCUGGGAAGCAGCAGAUGAACAAGGACCCGGCGUUGGGAGGGUACAAAGUUGUCGGCCACUGGGUCGAUACGCCUCUUCGUUGGGCGAUAGUCACAGGGCGGAACAGGCAAGACGUUACCAGUGUGUCUGAUCUGAAGGACAGCAGGGUGGGCGUGAGUCGACUGGGAAGUGGCUCUCACGUCAUGUCGUUUGUACUCGCUCAACAACAAGGCUGGGCCCCCAACUCGCUCACUCCGGUGAUCUGCGGUCCAUUUGGCUCGCUACGGACCGGCGUCACUGGAAUCACGGACGCUGCCCAGCCGGCUCAGACAUCCAGCCCCAGCGCAGAGUUUUUCAUGUGGGAGCACUUCACGACAAAGCCGUUCUUCCACCCCACCGACGUGAAUCCGAACCCUCCCCUCAAGAAUAUUGGAGAAAUCUACACCCCGUGGCCGUCUUGGAUGGUUGUGGCGUCGACAGCUGUCUUCCCGGACCCCGAACGGGAUGAGACCCUCAAGAAGCUGUUCCAACUUUGGGACGAGGGCAUCAAGGCAUUCAAUGCCGAUCCGGCACAUGUGGUGAAGCUCCUUGGAACCGGUGAGCUAGGAUGCACAUAUGCUGAAGAUGAUGCAAAGGAAUGGCUUAAGGAUGUGAGGUUCGCCAGCAGCACACGCGGCGUCGACAAGAAGGUCGUAGAAGGCGUAGUAGACGUCCUCAAGGUUGCCGGCGUCAUUGAUCCGGGGCUACAGAACUCUGAGGCCUUUGAGAGAGUGUUUGGUAUCGAAAAGUAAGAGCAAGGUAUUUGUCUCCAGUACUGCCAUCAUUACUAUAUAGUUAAUACCUAUUACCCUUUAGAAAGGUUGUCCACAACCAGCAGCAAUGGUUUGUGUUAUACAAAAAAUCUCUACUCGAGUGUCAAAAUAUAUCAAUUGGGAAUCCUGCAA